GUUUGCAGACUUUGCAUUGGAGGGGGGGAAAAAGGGGUUAGUGUGCAGUGAUCUUCCUUGUCAAAGCUUUGGGCUUUCCCACCACUUCCGAUUGUUGCAGUUUUAGAGGGCUUCGAUUCAUUCCAUGCAAAGUUCCCCGGUGCUUUCUAAUCAUGUGGGUACUCCCCAAAUGAUGUGAUUUGAGUGUGUGAGUGAGUUCACGAGGGGAUUUGGGGUAUUGGGUUUUCAAGCGCUUAAUUUGUCAAUGGAGACGGGCAGUUUUUAGCUGUUUCUGGGUUUGCAUGUUGCGUUUUCCAGCUCUGCGCCCGUUGUGGUUUUGAGUGUGGUUGUGACUUGAAUUUGACGAGGAGCAGGUUAAAGAAGAGGUUUGGUUCACCAAAAGGCUUCUGGUGAGUUUGUGAAUGUUUGGCAUGGAAUGAGUGGUGGAGGUGAAAGUUGUUGAAUGGAGAUAAAGACAAUGGGUUCUCAUGGUGAAGCUAGGAGUAAUGGCAAUCAGUCUCAUUUCCAGCCAUUGGGACGGCAGAACUCAUUGUACAACCUCACUUUGGAUGAGGUCCAAAACCAGUUGGGUGACCUAGGGAAGCCCUUGAGUAGCAUGAAUCUGGAUGAACUUCUAAAAAAUGUGUGGACUGCUGAGGCCAACCAGUCUACGGGUACAGAGACCGAAGGCACACAGUUGUCCAGUCAAACUUCCCUGCAGCGGCAAGCAAGCUUGUCACUAACUGGUGCUUUGAGCAAGAAGACAGUUGAUGAGGUUUGGAGAGACAUUCAGCAAAGCAAGAGCAAUGGAGAAAGGAAGUCCAAGGAUAGACAACCCACUUUGGGAGAGGUGACAUUGGAGGAUUUUCUGGCCAAAGCUGGGAUUGUAGCUGAAACACCUUCGGAUAAUAAUCGAGAGGUUGCUGUUGCUGACCCAAAUGUAGCGCCGCAGUUCCCCCAACAGGGUCAAUGGUUGCCGUAUCAGCAUGCACAGUUCCAACAUCCUCAACCAAAUAUGAUGGGGAUGUUCAUGCCAGGUCAGCCUGUACCCCAGCCGCUUCACAUGGGGGCUGGUUCUGUGAUGGAUGUUGCGUAUCCAGAGAACCCAGUUCCAAUACCUCCGCCGCCUCUAAUGGGAACACUGUCAGAUUCACAAAUGCCCGCGAGGAAAAGAGGUGCACCAGAUGAAGUUGUUGAGAAGCAUGUUGAAAGGAGACAGAAGAGAAUGAUAAAAAAUCGCGAAUCCGCUGCCCGUUCAAGAGCCCGGAAACAGGCCUACACAAAUGAACUAGAGAAUAAAGUGUCUCGCCUAGAAGAGGAAAACGAGAGACUGAGGAAACUAAAGGAGCUGGAGAAGAUGUUGCCAAGUGCACCGACACCUGAGCCGAGGUAUCAGCUGCGGAGAACAUCGUCAUCCCCACUCUAACUAAUGCUCCAUGCGCAACCCUUUUCCAGACACAUGUGAUGGAAUCUGUAGGAGGCUUUGUGCUUGUAAUUGCAAUGACCAGAAAAUCAAAUGGGAAAAGAGAAAAAAAAAAAAAAAGGGGGAAAGGAGAACAAAGGAGUUGAGUAUGGACAAUGUCUCGUUUGGUUUUGAUGUUUUUCUUUUUUCCUUAGCCUUUUAGAUGCAGCUGUUGCUUGGUUCUCAAUUUCAUGAGGGGUGUUUUUUCUCAUUUACUUUCUUUUUACCAUUUCUAAUCUUUGUAUCUUUGUGAAAAGUUGGGGGGUUAGAAAGUUUAAGCUGCAGAGAUACAGUUUGUAGUUUGUUGCUUCAAUGAGUGUCCUUGGUAAAGAAAGAGGUCCAUAUUUUUACAUGUAGUUUUCCAGUUGUUCACUUGUGGGCUAGUGAGUAAUAUACUUGGAAUUUGCAGCAACCAAGGACCCCUGCUGCUGUUGCCUCUGAAACAUCAGUUGGUGAGGAAUAAACUAAACAAAGCAGACCAAAAUAAGAAAUCCCAAACUUUUGGAUGAAUGAAUAGAGUGGCAGAAUUGCCUUUUUAAUUUCUCCUAG